AUGAUUUUGUUCUCUUUUGCAUUCAGCAAGCAACUAUAGAGCAACUAUUGUGUGUCAGACACAAUUCUUAGGGCUACUAGUAUAGUGAGGACCCCCACCCUCUCUUGCUGUGUUAUAGCAGGUUGUAGAGCCCUGUGUUUGAAUAUCUCCUGGUUGAGCUUGGUGAGUCUUCUGAGAAUAAGGUGGGUCACUAGAUGCUCAAAAGAGAAGCAUAAACUCAGGGAGGCUAGCUCUGAAGUCCUGAAUGGUGUCCUGCAUUAGUCUUUUGCCUAAUGCCUACUGUCCCUAGCUUCCAAGUUCCACCAAGCCUCAGCAGCCUUUCAGUUCUAGGCCUGGAGCCCACUUCUUUUGCCCCAGAGACUUUCUGGAGCUCCUUUGGGUAAGCACAAAGCCCCUCUGCCACUCAUCCUAAAAAGCCAGUUCUCAAUGAGGGUAUGGCUGGUGGCUGCUGGCAGCUGAGGGCACAGUGGCCCAGCUAUGGGGGGCUAGUCUUUGCCUCAGGGCAUGGAAUUUGGCCCUUGCCACAAAUCUUGUAGAAACUCAAAGGGUAUCCAAAGUGCAUCUCUCAAAACACUGACCCUGCAAGCUUAACAUUUUCAUGGAAAACAAAGUAGUUCCCAUGGCUAAAGAAGUGUGCUGGAACAACCAUGCUGGGAGAUGUACCACACACACACACUGUGAUUAAAGGUUUUGAAAAGACCUGCAGUAAAGAGUCUUAUUUUACUUUUUAAAAAUCAGCUUCUCUUAAAUGGAUCUGACCUUGACUUUUUUGUGUGUAACACUGUUAGCACGUACAGAGCUGGUGUCAGCUCUGCCUGGAGAGACUGCCCCACUUCCAGCCCCUUACCCCUACCCCUGCCUGGGCCAGGCCUGCACAGUCACUAAGCCUGGGGACAGACCCCCUUCCUGCUUUCCUGCUUUCAGCAAGCAGCUUAGCUUUCCCCAUACCAGGUACUGGAUACUCAACAGCCUUUGGCAGAAGCCACACAGCCAGUGGCUGGGUGGGGGAGUCAAUGUGUGGGAAAUGUUGGCUGGGUGAGUGGGAGGGGCAGGAUCUGUGCUGAGAACGGAGACACACUCUGUGGACACAUCCUGCCUGGCUCCCUGGGGACUGUCACUGAGGGCUUAGCUAUGCAAAUUGGGACUUAAAUUUAACUUUAUGUAAAUGUAACUUCGUAAAAGUAUAGUAAGGUGGCAGGUCAGUUCACUGGGGGGGGGCGGGUGGAGAGGGGGGAGAGAGAGAGAGAGAGAGAGAGAGAGGCAGCAGUAGCAUAUGGCAGCCCUGGUCUCUCUCUAGUCCACAGACAAGUUUUGUUUGACCAACACUGUGCUUGUUUGUUUAUUUGUUUUUUUAAAGCAGGACAUUUCAUGUGGCAAUCUGGCUUCUUACUUCUCUUAAAACAGUGGAAGAUCAGGCAGUGAUGAGCCUACAUUCCCACUUGGCAACAAUUAGCUAGAACUGAGAAUCAUCCCCUAGGCUGUGAUAGUCAUCAUACAAGGCAUAACCCAUGAUUUUGUCCCCACCUGGUUGAUUUAUGUUUCCUACCCAGCCCCUGGGGACAUCUGAGAGGGACCACAUUCUCCUAAGUCCUUUCAGACUCCUUUAAAUGCUCUCCUGAUAUCAUAAUUAUUUGUUUUAAAGUUGUUUUUUUCCUGGUCCUUAAAAUCAAGUUUUGGGCAUAUCUCUCACCUAUGUAAAACCCUUUACUAGUUGCCCCAAGGUGAUCCCCAAGUUUCCCAGGGUCUGACACUGUCAGUGCUGAGUCACCUGGUGCUAUUCAAAGCCUGAGAGCCGGUCAGGAAGUUUAUACAAUCAUGGAUGGAUGGGUGAAUGGAAGAAAGGAACAAGUACUGGGAAGAGAGAGAGACUAGCCGAACAGGGUUCUUGGGCUGCUGGGAGAAGCACAGCACAACCAGAGAAGGCCCUGUGUGCUUCCAGAAGCCCACAUCCUACCACAAUUGGACAUGGGCUUCCAGGGAUCAAGGACAAGGGGUUGGAGCUCAGUACAUGAAUAAGAAAAGCUGCCUGGAGGAAUAAGAGACCAGAUGCCUCAAAGACACACUCUUUCUGCCUCAGGCCCCCUCCUAGACACAACACCAUGCAUCUCCUCAGCCCCUUGCUCCUGCUUCUCGAAUACGUGGCUUUCUCUGACUCACAAGAUUGGAAGUUUGAACACCCGACAACCCUCUACGCCUGGGAGGGGACCUGCAUCUGGAUUCCCUGCAGCUACACAAUCCCAGGGAAUGGAAAGGUCCUGGAUAACCUGACUGUGUAUCAGAAUUAUAAGUGGGAUGACAAGACCAAGGAUUUCAGUGGGACAGUCCUCUAUGAAAAGAAAAAGGUUGAGACACCUCACAAUCAGGGAAGGGUACAAUUCCUGGGAGACGACAAAUCCAACUGCACCCUACACAUCCACCCUGUAAAUGCCCAAGACAAUGGUCAGCUGGGACUGAGGGUGACAUCGAAAAAUGACAGAUGGAUGGAGAAGAUAGUCCUCAACAUCUCCAAGAUGGCUCCUCCACCUCGCAUUAACCUCCCUUCAGAGAUCCGGGAGCUCCAGGAAGUCACGCUAACCUGCCAACUGGAUUUUGCCUGCCUUGGGUACCAGAUCAAAUUGCAGUGGUCCCUGGAGGGGACACAACAUAAUCUUUCCUCUGUCACCUCAACUUCCCUGACCACCAAGACUGUCUUUACCCAGAGCCAGCUCACAUUCCAGCCAGAGUGGACCAACCACGGCAAGAAACUGAUCUGUCAGCUCCGGAAUGAUAAUGCAGAUGGGCCACUCUCUCAGGAAACGGUGCAGCUGGAUGUGAAGCACUCCCCCAAAUUGCAGAUCACGUUGAGUCAUGGAGAAGCCAAUGUGAAAGAGGGGAAUUCUGUGAACAUGACGAGUCUUGGAGAUGCCAUUGUGAAAGAGAGGGAUUCUGUGACCAUGAAGUGCCAGAUCAUCAGCAGCAACCCACAGUUCCCUCGUAUGUUAUGGUUCAAGGAUGGAAACCCUUUGAAUGAGCACGAGACACUGCACCAGGAGCAGAAGACAGCCACACUAACUCUGCCCUCAGUGACCAAGGAGGCAGCUGGAAAAUACCACUGUGAGGCCCAUAAUGAAAUAGGCUCAACAAAGUUAGAAGUGACCCUCCAAGUGCACUAUGCUCCAGAACCUUCCACAGUUAAGAUCACAGUCUCACCAGCUAAGGAGGGAAGUAAAAUAAGCCUGACUUGUAUAUCACAAGCCUAUCCUUCUCCAAUAAAUUAUACCUGGUAUCACAAUAAGAUUGAAAUAUCGGAAACAGGCAAGACCUUCCAGAUCCCAAACGUCUUCCUCAAGCACGCUGGAAAUUAUUCCUGCUUGGCAAAAAACAGUGUGGGCACAGGAAAAGCUGGCCAAGCAGCUGAGUUGGAUGUCCAGUAUUCCCCCAAAGAAGUAACCAUGGUGAUUCAAAACCCCACACCAAUUCGAGAAGGAGAUGAUGUGACCCUGUUUUGCAACUACACUUCCAGUAACCCCAGUGUUACCAGAUAUGAAUGGCGAACCCAAGGCUCCUGGAAAGAGAUAAUGCCUGGGGCCUUGGUGAUUCAAAAAGUUCCCUGGAAUGCCAGUCCAUUCUCCUGUGCAGCCUGUAAUCGCUGGUGUUCAUGGGCUUCCUCUGUCAACCUGCAUGUCCAGUAUGCCCCCAAAGGUGUCAAGGUCCUGCUGAUUAGUCCUGGUUCUGAGAUUUACUCUGGGCACCCAGUCCUCCUCCGAUGUAACUUCUCAAGUAGCUACCCCACUGAUGUCCUCUUCUUCUGGAAGAAAAAUGGAAUAUUUCUGAAGGAAGGAAGAGAUCUGAGCUUUGACUCCAUCUCUCCAGAAGAUGCUGGAAAUUACAACUGCUUGGUCAACAACUCCAUAGGACAGAGCACAUCUGAGGCCUGGAAGCUCCAAGUGCUGUAUGCACCUAGGAGGCUACGGGUGUCCAUUAGCCCUAAAGACAGUGUGAUGGAGGGGAAGAAGGCCGUCCUGAUGUGUGAGAGUGAUGCCAACCCUCCCAUCUCCCGGUAUACCUGGUUUGACUGGAAUAACCAAAACCUUCACCAUGAUGAUCAGACGCUGAGAUUGGAUCCUGUGAAGGUCCAGGACUCAGGCGCCUAUUGGUGCCAGGGGGCCAACCGACUGGGCAUGGGCCAGUCACCCCCCAGAAUCCUCACUGUCUACUAUAGCCCAGAGACCAUCAGCAAGCAAGUGGCCCUGGGAAUGGGGCUCUUCCUGGCCAUCCUCCUCCUGCCACUCUUGGGAGUCAAGCUUCAGCGAAGCUGGAAGAGGAUUCAGAGCCAACAAGGGCUUCAGGAAAACUCCAGUGCACAGAGCUUCUUUGUGAGAAAUAGAAAGGUUAGAAGAGCCCCGCUCUCUGAAGGCCCCCACUCCCUAGGCUGCUACAACCCAGUGAUGGAAGAUUCCAUCAGCUAUGCUACUCUGCGCUUUCCUCUUGCCGAGACUGACACACCAAGGAUUGGAGAAGCAGGAACCUCAGAGGUGCAGAGAACUCCCUUAAACAGAGACAACACAGUCACUUACUCUGUGGUGCAGAAGCGUCAAGUGGGCGACUAUGAGAAUGUGACUCCAGAUGUUCCAGAAGACGAAGGGAUACAUUAUUCGGAGCUGGUUCAUUUGGGGAUUGGUGAGCGGCCUCUGAGUCAAGAAGGAGUGGAAUACGUGACCCUCAAGCACUAAUGGGUCAAACUGGCUGAGGUGGAGGUGCCUAGAGGCUGUAGAGGACAAGGUGGUCAUGGCCCAUGCCGCCCCCACUGCUCAGCUGAGAAGUUACACAGCCUUCCCUUACACGGACACAUGAUUAGUGCACUCCCAGUUAGUACAGAGAAUUCUGGGCAUGGCCCAGAGGCAGUCUUUUUUUUUUUUUUUUCACAUUGGUUACCCCAGCCAUUCAAAAGGGCAGGCCCCCCUUUUAAUUUUUGUCAUUCUCCUUCCCUCCCAGGAACUCAUCUAAACAUCUAGCCUGCACUGUACAAAUCCCCCUGCCCAUUCCUAGCCAUCUGCCACCACCCACCCCCUCCUAAAUCCCACCCUCAGCUGGCUAUAUUCUGGCUAGGAUCAGCUAGUCCUAGUUUUUCUUCUUUCACUCCCCAUCCCCUUGACACUCCACUCCUGCCCCACUCUCAUAGCCCUGCUUGCUAAUCUUAUGCCUGAUUUCUGCCUCUGGGGCAAAGUCUAGGGAAAGGGAUGGAAAUGAGGUAGAAAGAGGCACUGCCUGGUGCUGGUUUCUCCUCUGUUUGUUAGGGAGGCAUUCCAUGGAGAGCUGCUGCAGCUCUACCCUCAGGGAUCUCGUGGUCUGAGACAUACACCGAUGUGGACAAAAAUGUAAUAAGCACAGAGCUGCACAAUAAAAAUGGCUCAGAUAUUACUUCAAAGAAUCGGUAAACUAUUUCCAGUCUGUAGAAUUAGAGCAGGACAGGGACAUGGGGAAGGCAUCACAAAUGAGACUCGGGGAGAAGGGAUAGCAAUCAAGGUAAUUUCAUGAUCAAGUCCUCAGAUUGAAGAGUCUGUUAUCUUGUUGCAAAGAAUGCACUUGAUCUGGGUCUGAGCCUGCCUCUUCUACUUAACUAGCUGAGCAAAAUUGUAGGCAAAGUUCACCAGUUUAUCUGAGCCUCAGUUUCUUCCUCUGUAAAAUGGAGACGUCUGUUGUGCAAGUUCAAGAAAGGAAAUGAUGUAUAACCUUACAUUACUGGAGUCUCGUUAUAAGAAGCCUUACCUGACAACCAAAAGUCCCCCAAACCAAAUUCCCAUCUUAUUUGCAUCUCUUGAAGAAUAUAAAAAGGGCAAGGCAAUUCAUUA